UGUUACAUGAUCUGUCUUAUUUUUAGGACGUUUAUUGAUUAUCUGUCAAAGGAAUGUUAAUUUCAAAUUACUAAAUAACUUGCCUAUUUGACACGUUGUUUGAUUUCUUGCAGGCACUGGAUAUAAAUUUUGUAAUAUCGGAUGUUUUCAAGUGGAAAGCAUUACGUUACGGUUGAUGUAAAAGCUUUAUAUACAGUAACGCUGAGGUAUUUGUGUUCAUGAUGCAUCAUUCUGCUAAUGUAGCGCUUUUGUCACUUGCGCCAGUGCUACGUAGUGCCUGUUUUAGAACUUUAGAAGACAUAAUGCUUAUUAUUAUGCGUAUUAUCAAGUAUGCCCCUAUUGCGCUUGUGUUUCUCUUGGACGUCCCGAUCGACGUAUCUACAUGUAUAUUCAUAAGCCUGAUUCUGGUGGAAGACAAACCAUACAAUGGCACAUUCAAAACAUCAACUUGGUAUGAUAUGUUCAGAAUGACAGUUCAUUUUUUUCUUAUAAUAUUUUUCUUUCCCUUAUUCUUCAGUCUCAGCAUCUCGUUUAUGUAUUCUGUUUGCAUCUAUCUAGUGUUAAGCUUUCUGGAGCAUAUUCCAAAAGGAUGCAUUUUUCUUAGGCAUGAAGAUGGAGAGCAUAGGAAAACAAAGUUACCUUAUCACGACAUAUCCGCUUUUGCAGGUUAUCUGACAGCAAAGUACAUUUUUGGAUUCCUUACAGAUGGCAUUAUUCUAUUCACUUUAGCCAACGUCAUUAUCCACAUCUCUUUUAUAUCAACUGUAUGUAAUACUUUGAUGGGUACAAUAGUAAAUUUUUACCUGUUUGUAAAGACAGACAUUGUUAUACGAACUGCUUUUGUAAGUAAGUUUGGUAAAUUUAAAAUCAGCUGUUACAUGUUUGUGAUGCUACUGAAACUUCUUUGUUUCACUGCUGUAUUCCCACUUUUAUUUUAUUUAUUCAGUCAAGAACUUUUACUUUUGUAUGGUCCAACACGUGGUGUGCAAACGAUUGAUCUUUUGAAUACUGACACAUUUUCUAAUGUAUCAAAUACUACCGACAGAAAAACGUACUCAUACCCAUUACCUGACAAAGCUGAGAUACAUAUUCAGACUGAAUCUUUUACAGAAAACACAAAAUCUGUGUUCUUAGGGCAUUUUCAAGAUUGUAAAUUCAAGAAAGCGAUAUUAAACGAAAAUGUUCUUCUAUCAGUAAAAACAGAUCGAGGUAAUAGUGAUAUAAAAUCGUUUUAUUUCUGGAGAGUAGAUGGAAAACCUAUUACAGAAAUGGAGUAUAGAUACAAAUACGAUUCUUUCAUAAAUGAAAGUGGUAAAAAAGACAGUAUAUGUUAUUUAUCAGAUAUAUAAAUACGCAUGACUUUGGUACAUAUUCUCUUACGAAGCAAACAUGUUUCAGUAUAAGCUACUGUAGUAAUUCUGUCAUACCUGUUAACCACGAAAAUAUCGUGAACUAUACCACUUGUGUAACUAAAACAAUAGCGUGCAGAUUCCUUUUACAGUCCAGCGAAAAUUUAAAAAUUAAUGGCACCGUUGGAGAAAUGGUAAAAGUCAGUAAUAUUAGACGUAUUCUGGACGCAAAUCAAAAUCUGAUAGUUCCUAUGGUCUCUGUGACAUUGACAGAUAUCUUAAUUCAAUGCCAGUGUAACCCACUUAUUGGACUAUUUGCUGAAAAGGGCUACACCAAAGAAAUCAGACCAAUUACCGAUUCGUGGUCGCAGAUUAUACUAAACAUAUCCUUUUGCAUUUGUCCUUACAUAUAUACGUUUGAUUCAGCAUCGGUUUAUGUUUAUAUAGCGAAUUAUAACGUAAUUCUUGCAAAUAUAGAUAUAUCAGUUGAACCACUUCCAACAGAUCUAUUUAAGGAAGAAUAUGCUAAUGAAUUCAUGCAGUGUGAAAAAUUAGGCUACACCUUGGAAACAUUUUAUGUUUGUCUUACACGAUCUUCUAAUCCAUUGACCAUUUUUCAAGAUGUUACCUUACAACAGUUUGUUCGUGAGACAUUUGCAGAACUUUUGUUAAUUUUAGUUUCAACUGCAGUGGUUAUGUAUUCACAUGCGUAUGUAAAUAAAAGUUUAGACAGACUAUUAUUUAAUAUUUUUCAUCAUGAAAGAGAUAAUAAUAAGAGACGGCUUUCAUUUCCACAAACUGAAUAUGAAUUUGACGUAUAUCUAUCAUAUAACGACGAAUCAACUGAUGAUAAACACUUUGUCGAGGAAACUAUCAAGCCAAUCCUUAAAGAAUCAUCACAAUAUCGUAUAUGUGACUGCGAAAAUAUCAUUCCGGGUCAAAACAGGCGUAGGGGAUUUGAAGUAAAUAUAAUGAAAAGUGAAACUUUGAUAAUUUUAUUGUCUACUGAAUAUUUGAAUAACGAUAUAUGUAUGCAGUUAGAAUAUGAAUACACACUAUUAUCACUGCUAGGUGCAGCUAAACUGUCAAGAGAUAACAUUUUAAUA